UGAGGACUUUUGUUUUGGAGAGGCUGAUCUCUCGAUGUCUCCAAGUAAAUCUCAUGCGAUCCUGAAGAAAUAUCCCUGCUCUCAUUAAAAUCAUGACAUUGAGUUUUUCGUCCUUCUCCAUAAAAGACAUACUCACCGGACGUGAUGCCCAGGAGAAGCCCGAUAGGAGUGCAGAUGAGAUCUGCGCACUAAAGCGCAACAUCUGCACAGGGCAUGGCACGAGGGUCCCCGGUCUAUCUAAAGACGCGGAUGAGAACCCCCUCCAUCCGGGGAGACUCCCCGCUGAUCUAAGGCUGUCUGUGGGAAACCUCCGAUCUGUUACUCUCAAAGAAGAAGCCACAGGAGAGGAGACUGAACUCAGAGAAGGCGCUACCGAUCAGCAGCAACACUGUGUGGAUCCGGAUAAACGUCUGAAAGAAGAGGAGGAGGCGGAGGAGGGAGGCCACCUCAGCGGGGAGACGGUGAGAUGUUCGGCCGAUGAGCAGCAGUGCAUGCCGGGUGCGAAGAAGCGCUCCCGGGCGGCCUUCUCUCACGCACAGGUCUACGAGCUUGAGCGUCGGUUCAACACGCAGCGAUAUCUCUCCGGUCCAGAUCGGUCCGGCCUGGCAGACGCUCUGAAGCUGACAGAGACCCAGGUGAAGAUCUGGUUCCAGAACCGGAGAUAUAAAACCAAACGGCGCCAGAUGGCAGCCGAGCUGGUGGCGUGCAGCUCACCGAAGAAAGUAGCAGUACAAUUGCUGGUGAGGGACAAUCAAAAGUACUAUCAGGCCAAUGGACUACAAAUCCCAGUGACUGUGCCUCUGUACCAGCAGGCCUAUCGGUACCAGCCCUGCCUGCACUACUACUGCCAGCCCUGGAGCCUGGGCAGCAGGUCCUGUGGGGGGAUGUUCUGAGCUGUUGCUGAGGACACAUUACCUGGACAAGUUAGGGUCUCUGCACUCAACGUGUUGGCAGCUUUCUGUAUGGAUCAGGCUAUUGUCGGACUGACUGGGAUUGUACAUAUUAAUUUUUUUCUGCGUUAUUUUUUCUAGAAGCCAAUUUAGCAUUUUGGCCUGUUUUUCAGGGUUUCUAAAAUGCCAAUGUCUUACAGCAUGACUAUUUCAAGCUAUUCAGUGAUUCAAGGCAAUUGAAAUGAUAAUGAUAAUAAAUCAUCAUUAUUAUUGUAAAAUAUAUAAGUGUUAGCCUUCAGUAAUAUAGUGUGGGCAUGACAAAGCUCUGUCAAUUGAUACAAUUAUAACUGUGUGACAAAAUGUUUUAUAUGAAAGGAAGAGUUGAGUGUGGUUAUUAUUUUGUAAUGAUUUACAGCAAAAAUAAUUAUGUAAAAGCUAACACUGCUGAUCUGUUCUUUAAAAAAACGAAACACGUUUUUGUUU